AUGUGUGGCAUAGAAGGUUGCACCAGAACAUUUAAAAAGUAUUAUACGUGGCGAAAGCAUUUAACCGAAAGGCAUGCCGAGGUACCAUGUAAUCAAAACGACCAUGAAAUUCAUAUUGAAAAUGAAAACAACCAACACGAAGAUGAACCAAUGGAAGAGAAUGGGGAAAAUAAUACAAGAUCAGCUGCAUUAUAUAUCUUAAAGAUUCAAGAAGAUCUCUCGUUGCCGAGGUCUACUGUCCAAAAUAUCAUAGCCAACACAAAAACGUUCCUUCACAACACACUGUCGAUCGUAGAAUCACAAGUAAAAGAUUGUCUAAACAACGCAAAUAUGGAAUAUCAAAACGUGCCAGGGCUGCAAGAAAUUUUUGAUGAAUCCAACCCAACAACCAAUCCAUUUCGAAACUUGGAGACUGAAUCUCAACAAUGGCGUUACUAUAAAGAAUAUUUUGGAUUAAAGGUUGUAUAUUUUAGGUCCAGAUUACUGCCACUAUACCUCUCAUUGUCUUUAUACCAAACAUUUAGCUGGAUAAGGCGGGGGUAGUCAAAUUUGGUGACCACUAGGGUAUAGUUCGAAGAUAUUAACCAAAGUUAUAACAAACGAUUAGUGGCUAGAAAUAGGGGCUUCAUUACUCUUUGGUACCCCCAAAACCUUCGCAAACUGACUCUAUAUGGGCUUGCAUUCGUACCACAUGCUGCUGCCUCGUUCCCUUCGCGCUUGUCUAUCUAAUCAUUGCGUACUUCAUGUAACUUCUGUAAAACUAGAAAGAUCUGAUUAGUUAAUGGUCCCUUAAUGGUAGCGGUGACGUAAGUUAAAUCUGAACCUCUCUAAUUACUCUACGAAUAUGAAAGUCAUAAUCGACGGGACUGAGUAGAACAUCACCAUCAUGUAUUAUUAACCUCACCUUCAUGUAAGACCCUCGCCAAUACACGUGGCAUAAGACAUCCUAAAUAAAUGCCCCCCCCCUCCCCCUCGUCCGGUUCCACCUAUUUACACGAUUUACAGGGGGAAAUGCGCACUUGAGACCGAUCCCAAAAUAUAUCAUAACCGUUAAACGCGGUCUAAAUUUACUUGUGUAAUCCAUAACAUUAGAGUUUCAAGUCGGAAAAAUAAUCGGUAAUUACGUCAUAACUGCAUGGAAAUGAAGUUAAGACCCUCAGCCUCACAUACACGUAGUUGUGACGUAAUUACCGUAAAGGUCUAUUGGGGUGGAAUUUGCAGUAAACGAAGGAAAGUGGGUUUCUAGGUUUUCCAUAAGAAACUGGUGUGACCUAUGAUAACUUUCAAUCCAUCAAGCGUCGUGUGAGUAGAUAGAAUACCUGAAAAAACAAUUGAAAGUAACCUACGAUGUUUCGAACAUCUAUCAUUUUAAUAACUUAAUGUAAUUAUUUAUUACGAUACAGGAACCACGGAGAAUCAUUCUGGGUCAAAAACAAGUGUACAGAAGAAGGGAUGGCGUUCUACAACCUACUGAAGCUAAUGAUGAGGCAUGUUAUAUUCCACUUCUGGAUAGUCUACAACAGCUCCUUAAUGAUGACUUCAUCCUGGCAGAGGUAAAGCAUACUCUUAUUGUGAUUUUAGGUUACAAAUUAUAUAAUUUUUAUAUCAUACUUUUUAUAUAAUUUAUAGAUUAGCAAUCCUCACACGAGCAGUGAUGGCCUCCUAAGAGAUUACUGUGACGGUGAUCAGUUCAAAAUGCAUCCUCUAUUUUCACUAAAACCUACUGCUCUCCAAAUAAUGCUGUACUACGACGAUCUGGAAACAUGUAAUCCACUUGGAUCAAGAGCAACUAUACACAAGCUUGGUAACGCAAAAAAAUAAUUACUGACUAUUGUAGCCUGUGAAAUAAUGAAAUGAUCUUGCGAGGGAGUGCCAGUGUAGGUAGCGACGUGAUCAGUAGAAGAUCACGUAGAUAGUCACGUAGAGGAUCACGUAGAUCGACUAGAUAUGACUUGAAAACCAAAUCCAUCGAGCGCGGCACAUGACCACAGAAUAAUUACCCUUUACAGAAACUCCACUGCAUUGUUUUCUGCGUAAGUGUGAUUCGUCAUGAUUCGUCACUCAGCAAGUGCCGUAAAGAGAGGCAGUCACCCCCCUGCGUGAACAGGGGGUUGUGCAGGGGGGGGUGACUGCCUUUUACGGCACUUGCCGAGUGACGAAUCAUGACGAAUCACACUUACGCAGAAAACAAUGCAGUGGAGUUUCUGUAAAAAGUAUUUAUUCUGUGACAUGACGGUCGACUUCAUUUCGAAAGGUUGGUUAUUCGUCUACCUGAAAAAUAGAGCAAAAUUCUUCGACGUUUCGAGCAAAGGCCCUUUGUCAAGGCCCAUGCACUUCUUGACAAAGGGCCUUUGCUCGAAACGUUGAAGAAUUUUGCUCUAUUUUUCAGGUAGACGAAUAACCAACCUUUCGAAAUGAAAUCAACUGUCAUGUGUCGCGCUCGAUGGAUUUGGUUUUCAAGUCAUAUGAAUGAUAAAACACAUCUACGCGUAUAUAAUAUUAAUAAUUAACAGCAUACAGUAUUAAUUGUACAUAUUGCAAAAAUUUUACAAUUAAACUAAUUUUCUACAGGAGCAUUCUAUUACACACUGGGUAAUAUUAAUCCUUUGAAUCGCUCAUCUAUGAAGGCUAUUCAGCUUCUGUGUCUAUGCACAACAUCAAAUAUUAAAGAAUAUGGAAUAGAUGCAGUUCUUAAGCCAUUCAUGACAGACUUGAAGAAGCUGGAAGAGGUAUGCACUAAAUACUGUUUUAAAAAUAAUUAACAGACAGUUUCCACAUGACCACAACUGCGGAUGAAAAAUGUUAAUUACAUAAGAACAUGCAUAAAGCAGCCAUUUCUCUAGUAAAAGAUAGUUCAUCGUAACGCUAACCGUAACAAUACAAUGACAUUAGCUCGUAACCUUUUCUCAUUAUUUAAAGCCAAAUGGUCAUCCCUUUACCAUAAAUGGAAGUGAAGAGAACAUCACUGGAUCCAUAGCAUACACGUCUGCAGACAACCUUGGUGCACAAUUAUUGGGGGGAUUCAAAGAAAGUUGCAGUGCAAAUAAGCCAUGCCGAUACUGCCUUGCAACAGCUGAAGAGAUGAAAUCUAAGGUAAGACAACAUAUGAGAAAUAUUACUGUAUUGUACUUUAAGUUGGCCAUUAAAACCCACGGGCCUUCUGCCUUCCAACUAAAUAGAUCAGAUCUAAGUAAGAUAAUUAUACAGUGUACAAUUUUUCUAUCAUCAAUAAUAAUUACCAUUAAUCUCUUUCAGUUUCAUGAAAAAGAAUUUGUUUUACGAACCAAGGAAAGCUACAACAUCCAAGCUGAUCAAGUUCAAAAAUACGGAGAACACUUCAGCAAAACAUAUGGCAUUAAUCGAAAGUCCAGUCUAACUGAGAGCAAUUAUUAUCAUGUAGUUGAUGGUUUGCCACCUGACAUAAUGCAUGACAUUUUAGAGGGUGUGUUGCAAUAUGAAACAAGGGGGAUGUUGAAAAACUUUAUCAAAGUGGAACAUUACCUCACAUUGAAGAUCCUGAAUGAUCGAAUUGCCAAAUAUGACUUUGGAUAUUACAAUGACACCAACAAACCAUCACCAAUAACUGAAGCAAAGUUUUCAUCAAAUGACAACAGUCUAAAACAACAUGGUUAGUUGUACAGUUGCAAUGUACUUUCAUACUGUAUUUUAAAUUGAUUACAUGAAUGAUAAUGUAUUUCCACACUUAUUCCAGCUGUCCAGAUGUGGUGCUUGGCAACACACAUACCACUCAUAAUUGGAGAUUUAAUUCCACUUGAAAACGCCCGGUGGAUUCUUUAUCUAAAGCUAUUAGAGAUCAUAUCACUUUGUUUUGCACCUGUUAUAUCAAAGGAUCAAGUUGCCUAUCUGCAGGUUCUUAUCAAUGACCACCAUCACAAAUUUAGAGAGCUUUAUCCAGAAUGCAGUAGUAUUCCGAAAAUGCAUUUCAUGGUACGUAUGCCAACUGCCACGAUGAGGUAACAUAGGACAUUUCAUAAACAUUUCAGGAUCCUACCAGAACUAAAAAAAAGUUCCAGCCGGAACGGAACUUAGACUAAUAUAUGCAUAUUAUUUGACGUACCUCUUACUGUGUUGUUGGUGAAGCCAAAGACCAGUUUCUUUGUGCAACUUUCAGCAUUUUGAAAUUUAUGCGUUUUUUCUGCAGGAGUUAGAUAAAAUGUAACAUUUAAAUUUUAUCAUCUUUAUGUGAUGCUGUGAUGCAUACUUUAUAUGAAAACCAACAGGAAUAUGAAUGCGGAUCUCUGUUCCCUGUCUUUUUCAUAAAUAAACUAUUCUAUAAUAUAAUUAAAUUCUUUUCCCCUCAAAACAAGAUAGUUCCAGUUCCAGCCAUGCUUUUUUAUUAGUUCCGGCCCGGAACCGGAAACCCUAGAACAUCAGGGUUCCGGCCAGAACUAACCGGCUGGAAUUGAGAUUCAGUGCACCUCUAGCUUAGACUUUGUUUUGUAUUGAUCACAAUACAGUACAUUUCCCUUUUCAUGCUUGACUUUCACUACUUCAAAAAAUUGCACUUUCGCAAAAACAGUAAAACAUAUAAAUAUUCAUAUAUCAUCAAAUCUGGUAUAUUGUACAAUUAUUGCCCAGAAUAUGAAUCUUAUUUUCUCAUUACCAGAAACAUAUUAUUCUUCAAAACAUUUAGAAUGGGACCUCUGGUACGAGCUUGGUGCAUGCGAUUUGAAGCAAAACACCAUUACUUCAAAAAGUUGAGCACUGUGAUUGGAAACUACACCAAUUUACCUUUUACUUUGGCUAUGUGGCACCAACAAUGGCUGUGCUACCAGUUACAAUCUGCUAACCAUGAAUCAGGAUUCCUUGAGAAAGGCGUUGAAGUUGGACCAGGUACUGGUUCUAUGCUCUUUCCAUUAACUGUAAUACAGAUACCCACAUAUCUAAUAACUACUAGUAACUAGUGCACAUCAUUGGAUCAAGAAGAAUCUUUCUGAUAUACUUAGAUGCUAUUUGUGUUGUCAUUGUAGGUUCAACAUUCUGUGCCGGAGAUCUUGAUUACUAUAAUUUACUAGAAGAGCAGGAAUUUGGUAUAGAUCAGACUACUAAUAUUACCAAGUAUGUACAGUAUAAACAUGUUUCACUUACAUCAUUUAAGCUGACCAACCCAUUUAAAUAG